AUGUCGACCUCAUUCGGCCAAAGCAUCCUAUCCGUGUUCGACGUCUGGGAAGAUUCGUUGUCGCUUCUCUCAGAAAUACUGGACUCUGGGGCUGCGCCAACGGAUGAAUUGCACUCCCUCCUCGACCAAAGCCUGAUUGGUGGCGCGGAAGAUUGGUAUUAUUUGAUCGAGUGUGCACAGUCCAUUCGAAGGGCUCAGGAUGGCCAUCCUGAGAGUCUCGACGGCAGCGAUGUCCUCAACUUCAUCUGGGAAAUCUUCAAAGGCGGCGAUGUUGCAACACCAGACCUUGGGCCGUGGGGAGAAACAGAUCGCUUGAUCGCACUAGCCAAGGACUUGGAGAGAGAGGUCGAUAUCUUUGCACUUGCUCCACGACUAAACGAAGAGAGCACUGAGAGCACAUCCUCACGAGUUCGACAACGUGUCCAGAAACAGCGCCAAGGAGCAACGUCCCAUUACUGGUCUGACAACCCUUCUGACGAGGCUUGCAAGAGAAGAGUCGAGCAGCACAGCGCUGCUUAUUCCUACAAUGCCGGAACCGACCAUUGUCGACACGCCUUUGGGGCUGCCUUUGGUGCUGCCAGAUCUGGGAAGGCACAUAGCAAACGCUCAGCAACGUCGCCUUAUUUCCUGCAGAACCCGUCACCAAAGAAGGAGUCUCCGAAGAAGAAGCGACCGCCGGCAGGGACAGUGUCUUGUAUUCCGUUUCCCAGUCUUGAUUCACCAUCGUUUGGCAUCAUCCAAGAGGAACUGGCGCACGACCCAUUCUGGCUACUCAUUGCCGUCACGUUCCUCAUCAAGACAAACGGACAGCUGGCUCUGCCUGUAUUCUGUCGGGUGAAGGAGCGGUUUCCCACGCCGUCUCAUCUGUUGGACCCCUCUGUCAGGGAAGAGCUGCUGGGCAUGAUACGUCACUUAGGACUAUCCAAUGUCAGGCUCGCAUAUAUCCUGAGGUACGCGACGGCCUUUAUACAACAGCCGCCAACGCCCGGUACGUGCUACCGAGUGAAGAACUACGACAAACGGGCCAUGAGCCCUCCGCCAUACCAGGAAGAUAUGGAGCUGUCGCCUUUGCCAUCAGAUCGUGGCGAUGACGAUCUCGAGGCGUGGGAGAUUGGCCAUAUGACUCAGGGCAAGUAUGCCAUCGACAGCUGGCGCAUAUUUUGUCGUGAUGAGCUGCUAGGGCGCGCCGAGGAUUGGAACGGGAAGGGCCGUGAGCCUGAAUUUCAGCCCGAGUGGAUGAGGGUGAAACCGGCGGACAAGGAGCUGCGAGCCUGCCUGCGCUGGAUGUGGAUGCGCGAAGGCUGGGAAUGGGACCCGGCGACGGGCGAGCGCACAGUUUUGAGGGAGGAGAUGCGAAGGGCCGUUAAUGAAGGGAGGGUUGAGUAUGACGAUACUGGGGCGCUGAGGAUUGUGGCCGCUUGA